AUGUUCAAAAUGGCGAUGGACGGAAAGCUAUUCCAAGUUCCUCUCCAAGAUCCAAAGCAUAUUCUUGAUAUUGGUACUGGCUCAGGGAUAUGGCCAAUAGAAAUGUCGGCCUUGUUUCCCAAUACCGAAAUAAUAGGGACGGAUCUGUCCCCGGUGCAGCCAACAGAAGUUCCGCCAAACGUGCAUUUCCUGAUUGAUGAUGCCACCGAAGAAGAGUGGCUAUGGGACAAGAACUAUUUUGAUUUUAUUCAUACCGGCCACAUGACUGGGGCUAUGCCGUCGUUCAAAAGUGUACUACGACAGGCAUUCAAACACCUCAAACCGGGAGCAUACAUGGAAUGUCACGAGCUCGACCCCAAACCGGAAUGUGAUGAUGGAACUAUGCCUCCUGAAAACCCAGACGGAGGAUACAGCGCAUACGCCAUGCAUGAUUGGGUAGACCUUAAUGUACGCUCGAGUCGCGAUUCCGAUCCACCAAGACAAUUCCGAAUUGCCCACCGGAUUGCACAGUGGAUGAAAGAAAUAGGAUACGUCGACGUUGAACAACGACUCUCAAAAAUCCCCACAAAUACCUGGCCCGAGGAUGAGAAACUCAAGACCAUCGGUGCUUGGAGUGAGAACAAUUGGCUUGAUGCUUUGUCCGGGUGGUCAUAUAAACCAUUUCUUGGCCUUGGGUGGUCGAAACCCGAAAUCGAAGUCUUCCUUGUUGAUGGCGGAAACCCCUUCCAAACGAAGGUAAACCUGCUUCCUGAGUUCCUGUCAUCUCCCUGCUUUCUCGUCAUGGCCGUCUUGCGUUUUAUCACACCGUUCCGUUAUGUCCUCUCCGAGAUGAUUAGCAUGUGA